AAGAGAGAAAGAGAGAAAGAGAGAAAGAGAGAAAGAGAGUGAGAGAAGGGAUCAGAGGGGCGAGAUGGGAAGAUUAAUGUUGGAUGAGGAUGAGUCAGUGUGGGAUGGAGUGAGAUGGGGUGGGAUGGAGUGGGAUAAUGGGAAGUGAGAUGGUGAAAAAAGAGAGACUGAGAGGGUCACAGACCAAGAGGUCACAGUUUGGAAUGGGCGCACAGGUCAGUCAGGAUGUAUGUAUGGGGUGUAUGAGGACACGAGGUGGUGAGGUUAAGGAGAUGAAGAUGAAGAAGAAGAAGAAGAAGCGGAAAAGAGGGUAUAUGGAUGGUGUUUCGUUGAUGGGAGUAGUGGUGGGUCAGAGAAGGGAGAAGAGAGAAAGAGAGAGAGAGAGAGAGUGUGUGUGUGUUUGUGUAUGUGUAUGUGUGUGUAAGAGGACCAUUGGCCCUGUCUUUGUCUCACCCUUUUGUCGCCCGCGAGAGGGAGAGGGAGACGAAAACAGUGGCGAGAGAGAGAGAGAGAGAGAGAGCGUGCAAACACUCUGUUGCUCGUGCGUCUUUGGCUUCUCUUCUCUCAUGCCAAUAUGGACGGACAUAUCCCCAUGCCAUCCAGAUAAAUAAUCAUUAUAGCCCACAGCAUUCGCCAUUCAUUCGGUCAUCCCCACCUCCACUCCAUCGCCCUCCUCUCCCUUUCUCCCUCUGCCUCCUCCGUUCCUUCAUCGCAUUCCCCCCAUACUUUCCCUCCCUCCUUUCUCCAUCU